GCAGGCUUUGUCGUUCCUAAGCUGAAAAACGCUGAAUCGUUGUGGCCUGUUUCGCCCGUUGAGCUCCUCAAGAAAUUGUUCCCAAUUCCAUCCGGAUUCAAUUUUCGACCCUGAGUCUGGCCAUCGCUUGGGCGCCAUUUCGUGUAUUAGCCAUCAUUCUCUGUGAUCCGACUCGUUGAUUUGGAACUCGAUCGAGGAGCAUGGCGUCGGGCGUGUGUGGCCUUCCGCCUUCGCAAGGCGAGAAUUUCCACCAAAAGAUGAAGGAGACCACCAAGUUCCUGCAAAAAUUAGGCCAGAGUCCGUCAUCGUUGUCGCAGAGUGAGGAUGUGUUGCGGAAUCAGGAGCAAAACAUUCUGGAGUUGGGCGAGAAAUACCGCGAGGAGGGCAAGGCCGCCGAGAUGUCCAACCUGAUCAAGCAGGUCCGUCCGUUCCUCAAGUACAUCUCCAAGGCCAAGGCGGCCAAGUUGGUGCGUGGACUGGUGGACAUGUUCCUGGACAUGGAGCGGACCACGCUCAAAGGGCCGGCCGAGGUCCAAUUGUGCAAGGAGUGCAUUGAUUGGGCCAAGGACGAGCGGCGGAUCUUCCUCCGACAGAGCUUGGAGGCCCGACUCAUCGGACUCUACUACGAUACCGAACAGUUCACGGACGCCCUCAGUCUGGGCGCUCAGUUGCUCAAGGAGCUCAAGAAGCUCGACGACAAGAACCUCUUGGUCGAGGUGCAAUUAUUGGAGAGCAAGACCUACCACGCACUGAGCAAUCUGCAGCGUGCUCGCGCCGCCCUCACGUCCGCCCGCACCACGGCCAACUCGAUCUACGUUCCUCCCAAGAUCCAGGCCCAAUUGGACCUUCAAGCUGGCAUCCUGCAUGCCUCCGAGGAGAAGGACUUCAAGACCGCCUUCUCCUACUUCUAUGAGGCUUUCGAGGGCUACGACUCCGUCGAUGAUAAAAUGGCCAUCACUGCCCUCAAGUACAUGCUGAUGUCGAAGAUCAUGCUGAACACUCCUGAUGAAGUGCUUAAUAUUGUGAGUGGGAAACUGGCCUUGAAGUAUAGUGGUCCGGCCAUCGAUGCCAUGAAGUCCAUUUCCCAGGCUAGUAAAGAUCGCUCCUUGGCAGACUUUCAGACCACGUUGAAGAAAUACAAGACCGAGUUGGCCGACGAUAAGAUCGUGAAGAAACAUCUCGGCAAGCUCUACCAGACCAUGCUUGAACAAAAUCUGUGCCGAAUCAUCCAACCCUACUCCAAAGUCCAGGUGAAAUACGUGGCCAAGAAGAUCAACCUGCCCGAGAUCGAGGUGGAGAAGAAACUCUCUCAGAUGAUUUUGGACCACAAGUUCCAGGGAAUUCUAGAUCAAGAGACCGGCGUUCUGAUCGUGUUUGACACCAAGGAAGAAGACUCCACUUACGAGGACGUUCUCGAAACCAUUGGAGCCAUGUCUCGAGUUGUUGACCGGUUAUAUUCAUCCGCGCAGAAACUCAAUUAAGUUGCCUUCGUUUAGUUUUGCCCCGCCCCCUGUUCCUACUCCCCUUCGCCCUUUUCCCUUACCACACACAUGGCCAUUGUUUCUUGAUGAUGGCUCAAACAAGAGAGCCUAUUUAAUCCAAUAAUAAUAAAAAAAACCAAUGUCAAUCGGCUUCUGUGUCAUCAUCAGGUUCAUCCAAACUACUGUGCAGCAUCAAUCGUCAACACAAGGGCCAUAGUCCCCGAUAUAGUAUUUUACCUCUGUGAAUUUCUACUGCAUCAAACUUUAAAAGAAUCAGACAAAUUUCGUAUGUGAGCCUUGGCUUGUGAUUUUGUAUUCGUAGGAAAAAAAUGCCUAUCCCUAUCUGGA